AUGGGGGAUACUAAACUCUUUGUUUUGCUGCUUUUCUGCAUCAUCAUCUUUACUGAUGCUCAAGAUGACGAAGCAGUCUGCCUUUUGGCUAAAAGAUACAAGAGCUUUCACAAGUACGAGUACCUCUAUGAAGCAGAGUCUCUGAACACACUGAACGGAGCUAUCAACGGACCCAAGUUCAGCUGCAAGGUUGAGAUUGAGGUCCCUGGUACAUGUCACUUCAUUGUGUACACCAAUGAAUGCACGCUGAGUGAGGUCAUCAAUGUUGAUGCAGAUGGGAACCCAGUCUUUGGACCCACCGCUGGUGCUGAGGCCUUCAAGGCUCAAAUGGAGAAGAACCCAUUAAAGGUCAUUGUAGAAGGUGAUAAUGAUAUUAAGCUCUUCCCUGAGGACGAUGAGCUAAUCAACAUCCUGAACAUCAAGAGAGGUAUCAUCUCUGCUAUGGCUGUGCCUGUGCUCCAAGAAGAAAAGAAUAAGGAAAUGCCUACCAUCUAUGGUCUGUGUAAUACUGAUUACACUGUGAACACCAGAGAAGAUAUCGCCACUGAUGUGACCCUCAACAGGGACUUGUCGAGAUGUGAUCAGUUCAGGCCAAUCAAGGACCACACCAGCCCCCUGGCUAUCAUUACAGGCAUGCACUACCCACUUGCUCAGUUUAUUAGAAGCAAGCAGACUUGCAACUAUAAAUUUGACAAUGAGCAGAAACACAUGACCUCUGGUGUUUGCACUGAGGACCAUCUCCUUGUGCCCUUUUCUUCUAAGGGGAAGUAUGGAGUUACCAGUGUUGGCAAACAGAUGCUGUAUCUGUUGGGAGUGACUGAGUACAACGAAAGAGUAUUUGAUCACAAAGAGGCCAACAUGAAGACCCUGCACCUCGAUGAGAGUGUUGAUAUGAGCCCAAGUCAAGAUGAAAAUGCUAUCCUUGCUGUUCUGAGGGAGCUGUCUGGCCUUUCGCACACUGCCAACGGACAAAAGAGAGCUCACUUGGCUUACAAACUUGUAUCCGUGAGCCGCAAGAUGAAUGCUGAGACGCUAUCUGCUGCUUUGCCCGAGGCUCUGGAAAUCUCUCGUUCUUUGACCUACCAGGCUCUGUUCCAGUGUGGCACACCAGAGUGCAGCAGUGCCUUGAUGAAAGUCCUCAGGACUGUCAAAAGUUCAACCACUGAAAUUGACACUGCGGUCUAUGCCAUGGGAAUGGUGCCCAACCCAUCUCGUGCACUUGUCAAAGAAAUGCUAGAGAUGGCCAAGUUUAAGUCAAGCAAACUCAUUUACUAUGCUACCAGUAAUGCUGUUAGGAGGCUCUAUAAGACAGAAGGAAGAAUCACCCCAGAAAUCCAGGCAGUGGCAGAUUAUGCCCGUAAAAAUAUUGGGGACUGCACAGGUGAUCAGGAGCACAUCUAUUUGACUCUAAGGGUCAUUGGAAACAUGGCUGAAGCUGUGGGUGCUGCCAGUCCUCCCCUGAAGUCAGCUGUGAUUCAGUGCAUUAACCAACCUGCUGCCUCUGCCAAGGUCCAGCAAGCUGCCAUCCAGGUCUUCAGACUGACCCCCAUCCCUGAUGAGGGCAGAACAGUGCUACUGCAGGUUCUUCUGGACAGAGAAGCUCCUGUUCAGAAACGUAUUGCUGCUUACCUCAUCCUCAUGAAGGAUCCUCAGCCUGCUGAACUUGCACAAUUGACCACAGCUCUACUGAGUGAAGAAAACCUGCAGGUCAAGAGCUUUGUAAUAUCUCAUCUCACCAACAUUCUGAGCUCUACUGCACAAGAGACCAAAGAACUGAGGCAGAAAAUUCUUGACACCAUUCAAGGCAAUGAGGUUGGAAAUCUCAUGGCUGCCACUAAGUACUCUCGUAACUACAAGAUUGGAUCUCUGGAGGGAAACAUGAUCUUUGACAAAGAAAACAAACUGCCAACAGAAGUCAUGCUUGAAAUGACCCUUAAUGCUUUUGGAUAUGACAUUGACAUGGUUGAGGUUGGCAUGGAAGGUAAAGGAUUUGAACCAACUGUUGAGGCUUUGUUUGGUGCAAAUGGUUUCUUUCCUGAUACUGUAAUGAAGACCAUUUACUAUGCUACUGAUAAGAUGCCUUCCCAAGUUAAUGAGAUCCUCAAGACCAUGAUCCCAGCCUUGAAUGACAGAAAAAAGAGACAGGGAUCAAAAAAUAUCAUCAAAGAAAUUAGCAAAAACGUUGACAAGCUAAUCAAGAACCUGAAGGCCCAAGAUGCCCCUGAAGCCAUGCUCUACCUGAGGUUGCUAGGUGCGGAGCUUGGCUAUCUUAAAACCAAAGAUUUGGAAGAAAUGGCCUACUCUGUGACAAAGGUGGCCGAAAACCUCCUGAGGAUGUUCCCCAGGGAUCUUGUCAGGAGUCUGUUCUCAAGUGCUGACAAUGAGCUUUUCCUUCACUACAUCUUCAUGGACAACGAGUUCUACCUGCCUACCGGUCCUGGUUUUCCACUGAGGGUUGCAUUGUCUGGGACCUUUUCACCUGGUGUUAAAGGAGGACUCAGAUUUACUCCAGAGAUGAGUGAGAUUGCGUUUAUGCCAUCUGCUAGUGUUGAGUUUGUGACUGAAAUUGGUGCUCACCUCCCAGACUACGUACACACUGGCCUGGAGAUGCACACCAACAUCUACCAUGAGAGUGGUAUGAGAGCUAAAGUUGCCAUGACCCACAAUCAGAUCAAGCUGACCAUCCCUGCUCCUGAAAGCCCAGUGAAGCUUCUUAGUGUGAGUAACUCCAUGGUGUCCGUCACUGGUGAAAAAAUUAAAACUAUUCCCGCUAUGAUGGAUCACGUUGAUGUGAAGGAAUGUAAACCUCUCUUCCCUGGUCUGAAGUACUGCAAUGCCCGUCAAUAUUCAGAUGCCAUGUUCAAUGACGCCUCCCCAUACUUUCCCCUUUCUGGUGACAGCAAAUUUGCCAUUGAGCUGCACCCCACAGCCGAUGUCUCUGAGUACUCAGCCUCUAUUAACUACGCAUAUGAAGGGAACACUGAUAAAAUCACAUUUGAUGUAAAAGCUGAAGGAACUACCUUUGAGGCCACAACCAAGGUCCUGUUCAAUAGAAAGAAGUAUACCAUUUCUGCUGAACUCCAAAUUCCUGACUAUGACAUCGAGGCUGGGAUUCGAAUUGGUGCUGCCGACCCAAAAACUAAGAGCAAAGGCACACAUUCCAUCCAGAUUGACCUCCUCAACAAGAACAUCCCUCAGGCGUCUCUGAUUGGCCAGGCAAAGAUUAAGGCAAUGAAAGAUGCUCUGCUGCAGGUUCAGUUGCUUGUCCCAUCUCUUGAGACCGAUGCAAAAGUGACUGCCAGUCUAAAGCGUGAGGAGGAACUCACACUGGAGCUUGAAAGUGACCUCAAGGUUUUUGAUGCAUCAUCAGUGCAGAAACUCAUCCUAAAAUAUGAUGAUGAGAAAGUUGCAGCUCAGAUUAAGUCAAAGGUCAGCUCUGAAACCCAGAACAUCAUUGCCAAACUUGACAACAUCAAGGAAGACAUCAGGGACCUCUUGGAUCAGCAUUUUGGAGAGACUAAAACAAAGAUCUGUGAUGUUUUAGCCUCAUCAAUUGAGGCCACAAAUUCCUAUAUUGCAGCUUCCAAUAUCCCAUAUGUGGAAAACCUAAGGGUUCCUUCCCUCCUUGAGUUUGAGGUGCCUGAGAAGCUGUUUUUAAAUAUUGAGACAGGUGCAACGUACUACUUUGGAAAGCAUUACUACACCAUCACCCUGCCAAUGCCUCUUGGUGGCAAAUCAUCCAAGGAUCUGAACGUUCCUCCUGCUCUCACCACACCAAAUCUGGCUGUGCCUCAGCUUGGCCUAAAGAUUGCCUCUGUUGAAGUUCCACUGCCUGAGAUCUUUGUUCCUCAGGAGCUGACUUUGUCUCUGCCCACCCUUGGAAAGGCAGAAGUGUCCGGUAAGCUAAGCAGCAACCUCUAUGAUCUGGAGGCAACUAUGUCUGCUGGCAGAGAUUCUGAUGAACAUCAAAGUUAUUCUGCUAGAGUUGUUGUAACUGGAUCUGGCCCUGUAGAUCUCCUCUCCCUUCGACUUGAAGGCUCAACCUUGAUUACUGGAACAAUGACUGAUACUGUAAAGGCAGAGAUGAACACUGCUGUCAACCAUGAGCUCAUUGAUGCCAGAAUUACCAUUACUGAGGAAAUACAACUGAUGGACAAAAUUCGAAUAAAAUCAAGCAGCAAGCUUGAAGCCACCAGUCCCUUUGGUGUGAAGUUUUCUCUGGAACAUACAGGCCAAGUGGGAGGAGAUACCGAAGAACUCUCUGGAGAUAACCACUUAAAAGGAUCCUUCGUGAUUGGUCUGAUUGACGGUGAUGUCGCCCUCACACAGUCACUUGCUCUGUUCCCAUUUAAGCCAGAGGCAAGAAUUGAUUCAACAUUAGAAGUUAGUUCAACUCCUUUCCAGGCUCAGAACAAAAUUGUAGCAAGCUUUGUUAAUGGAGAACUCUCAGUUGUAUCAAACUCAGCCGCAUUUGAUGAUAUGCUCAUACACAAUGCUGAAGUUAAGCUCAUGAGAUCGAAAUAUGCUCUUAUAUCAGACACGAAGGCAUUGGUUCUGGGGAUGAAUAUCCGUAACGUCGCUGAAGCAAACAUUGGUGCUGAAGACAAUUACAUCAAAAUCGAAACAACGACUAGUCAUUCUGAAGACCAUAUUAACUCCAUGAUCAUUGGAACUCUCAAUAGUAAUGGUUUGGUUGUAAAGAGUGAUGCUUCGGUGAAGCUAGCUGAACAUACAGCUACUCACAAAACCAGUAUGACCCUGGACAAAAAUGGCCUGGCCACCAGUGGCAGCACCUCAGUGAAUAGCCUGUUUACUCUUCAGAAUUCCUUCAAUGGUAUCCUUCAUCCUUCCAAAUUUUCUCUAUCAACUGAAACAAAAGGAAAACUUAACAGCAUGGCUAUUGACAAUACCAACUCCAUAACUGGCACAAUGUUUUCCAUAGAUUUAACUUCUAAGUCUCAAGUUAACAUUGCCCAGGAUACAUCGUACAUAUAUGACGUGUCAGUUCAGGCAGAACCUUACACUGCAACGGCUGGCAUGACAAGUCAUUUGAAGCUUAACUCUGACACAGAGCUGAAAAACACCUGCGAAAUCAAGCUUGCAGAUCUGACUGGAAAUGCUAAGUGCAGUACAACUGGAAAACUCAUUGGAGCUCACAUGACUCAUGAGACUGAAAUGGAGAUCGUUGGACUUAGUGUAAGAAUCAACAACAAUGCAGGUUUCAAUUCCCAACUUGUUCGCUUCUCCACUAUCCUUCAGGCCACUGCUGCUCCAUUCACCUUUAAUUUGAACGCCCUUGCCAAUGGUGAUGGGGAGUUGUAUCUGUAUGGAAAACAUAGUGCCCAGGUGUACACUAAAGUCCUUCUGAAGGCAGAGCCACUCGCUUUUGCCCAUUCCCAUGAAUGUAGGUUCUCAACUACACAUGAGUUGAACAAUAAUGUCAUUUUUGAGGCCAACUUUGAUAAGAAGGUUGACACCCAACUGUCACUUUCUGAGCAAUCAGCAUCAGUAACAGUAAAGUCUAAAAUAAACAACAAUCUGUUCAACCAAGAACUCAGAGCUUAUAACAACCAUGAGAGGAUUGGACUGGAAGUGUCUGGAGGAGUCACAUAUAGAGAAAGCCAAGAUUUCUCGAUCUCUGCUUUAAUACAGUAUGAUAAGAACAGCGAUAAUCAUGUUAUCAACCUACCACUUCUGGAAAGUCUGCCUGCAGUCCUGGAGAACCUCAAAAUCGCAUCUGUGACUCUUGUUGAAGCAUUGCAGGAUUAUAUCAAAAGAGAGGAAUUUGUUGACAAGAUUCAGACCCUUCUACAGCACUUUACGGAUGCUGUAACUAAGCUUAAACUUGAAGAAAAAGUUAACCGGCUUAAAAAGAGCCUGAUUACAUUUGCUCAGGACUGUCCAAUCACUACAAAGGAGCUGGAGGCUGCUGUGAAUAAACUGAGGACUGUCACACUGAAGGUUAUGUCCGAGUUAAGCACUCGUGUCAAUGAAGUCCAGGAAUUGAUUUUGAGCGGCACCCUGUCCGACACAAUUAUGCAGAAGGCAACAUUGCUCACUGAAGAAUAUGACCUCAGGAGUAUGCUCAUUGCUGUCAUUGAAGCCAUUGAAAAUGUGAUUAAUCUGCUUGCCAAAUUUCCCAAAGAAGAUAUCAGCAAGAUUGCUGAUACACUAAAGCGGCUGAUCACCGAACUGGACAUCAUUGGAAGGUGUAAAGCUAUCUACAGCAGCUUUAGAGAAGUUGUCAUAAAAUAUGAGCUUGAUAAGAGGACUGAAGAAAUUUUGGAUAAGCUUCUGGAACUCAUCAAACAGUUCAAAAUUGAUGAAACAAUCCAAGCCUUUGGUAAAACUCUGAAAUCUAUUCAGAUUCCUUUCCCACACAUCUUUGAUGAUGCCCUCACCUACCUGAAGGCAACUGACAUAAAGAAGAUUAUUGAUGAUUUGAACAAAUUACUUGAGUCUUUUCUUAAAUCAGUGAAGUCAUUUGAAUACAACACAUUUGUAGAUGAGGCUAAUCAAAAACUUCGUGCGUUUACAGCGGAACUUAACAACCUCAUUGCGUCACUCAAGCUUCCCCAGAAACUUGAGGCGACUAGAGAAUUCAUUAACUACGCCCUGUCAUCUAUAUCUGCUUUCUUGGAACAGCUAAGAUCAGCCAAAGUCUCAGACGUCAUACAAACAGUGAAAAAUCUCAUUGACACUCUUGUCCUUAAUGACAUUAAGAUAAUUGCUGAGAAGUUCAAGCAGGGCAUUACUGAUAUGGACAUCAGAGGAGAAUUGCUACGAGUUUUUCAGCAAGUGAGUGAUAUCUAUAGCAAGGUUUUGUCUGUACUCACGAAUGCAUUUAAUGACUAUGCUGAAGCGGUUACAAAACUCCUUGGUGAUCAACAAAUUGUCACUGAGCUGAAGCAAAUCACUGACAACGUUGUCAAAGCCCUGAAGACAUCUGAAAUUGAGAUACCCUCCAUCACUGUCCCACUGACUGACCUGGUUCUUCCAUCCAGGAAAUUUAGUUUACAGCAACUUCAGGAGGCUGAGUUCCCUGUAGAGUUUAACGUUCCACAAUUCACCAUUUUGGGAUCCUACACUGUCCCAGCAAUCACCAUCACUUAUGAUGAUAUCAAGCGAAUACUCAUAGAGCUUGCUGACUUCUUUAUCAACUUUAAAUCUGAGAUAUUUGAGAAUAAUUUUUACUUUGAAAAACUCACAGUGAACCUGCCUGACCUCUCUACCAUCACAUUGCCAGUGGUUACUUUACCAUAUAUUUCCUUGCCUGACAUCCCAAAAUUAAGUGAUAAGCUCAUUCCUGACAUCCCUCUUCAAAUUCCUGAGAUCAAGCUGCCAAAAAUCCCCAACGCCCUAAUUUUGCCUGCAUUUGGAAAGCUCCAUGGGAAGAUCAGGGUCAACAGUCCCAUUUAUGCCCUGACCACCUUUGCUGAAGUUCGAAAUACCACUGACAGUGAACAAAGGCAUCACUUUAUAGCACUUAUUAAUUCUGUAGGGGAGUCUCCAAGCUUUAAAAUUCUAAACUAUAAUCUAGAUGCCACUGUGCGCAUUGGUCUACCAAAAAUGAGACGUGUGAUUAUUGCAGAUACUCUAAAGUUUAUACACAGUGCCCUUACUGUUGAACACGAGGCCUCAGUAACAUUAUAUGGCCUCUCUGUCCAAGCCACUGCACAAACAACUGUAAAGGUGACUACCACACCCUACACAGCAGACAUCAUUAACAAUGCAUUCUUUGCAGUGGAAGGUGGAAUGUCAGCAACUUUGGGUACAACCUACAAGCACCGAGUGAACAUUCCUGUCCUAUCACUGACCAGUGAGGCUGCUCUGACCCAGUCAGUACUUGUUUUGCAGAAGGAUGCCACCAUUCGACUGAAAGUGGGAAAUGUAGGCACAGGCACAUUCGCACUUUCUGAAUACUCUGAUGAGGGCACCCACAAGAGUGACCUGGUCUGCACUAUUACACCAACAAGUGUUACAUUGACCUUUACUGGUGACACAGGCAGUGCCACCCUAAAACUAAAAAAAACAUUGAAUGUUGAGGCAGUUGCCCUUAGUCAUAUUGACUUCAAUGGCAGAACUGAGACUCAGUCUCCAUUCAUCAAAAAGAGUGUAAUGGCAGCAUCUGGAAAGGCUCACCUUGGUAGAAUGAAGGUCGAAGUGGAAGCAACACAUGACACAGAGCUUAUGGGAGCUGUAAGUGGUACUCUAUCCAAUGCUGUUAACAUCAAGAUUCGUCCUAUUGAAGUCACUAUUGCUAUCGGGAACAAGGGCAAUGCCAAAGUUAGUCUCCAGGAGUCCCUUUCCACAAAAAUUGAUCUUCAGAAUGACUAUGCUUUAAUUCUCAACUCCAAGAAGCAGCACAUCAACACUGCAGCACUUGUGCGCAUCGGCCAGCACAAAUACAGCUAUAACUUUACAAUUGAAAACAACAAUGCUGAGGCAGGAAUUUAUGCUGCUGUAAAUGGUGAAACUGACCUGGAGUUCCUAACUGUUCCUAUUAGCACUCCAGAAAUUGUUAUACCAGUCAUUGAUUUAACAAUCCCAGCCAUCAAUGAUGUCAACUUGUAUGAAACCAGUGGUCUGAAGUACCUGCAGACAACCAAGCCGACUGUUGAUGUAAAUGCCAAAAUUGUCUACCAAAAGAAAAGGCUUUCACCAACCACUUACCUUGGUUUCAUUAAGGUUCCUGCUGUAGGCAACUUAAUCUCUGAGAUGUCUUUCAAGUCUUCGAUUUUCAACCUAAUUACCAAUGCCGGAAUAUAUGGAGAUAAUGACCUUGUCAUCCACAUUGCUGCUACUUCUACCUCGGUGUUUGAAGAACUGAAAGCCAAACUUGAGGGUACAAGCAGCCUUACAUUAAAGAGAGGACUGAAAUUUGCUAGUGCGUUAUCUCUGAAGAAUGCUUACAUUGAAGGAACCCAUAACAGCACUUUGACAGUGAACACGGAAAAUUUCGAAGCUGCAGUAUUAGUGACCACGGUUGCAAACAUGAAUCUGCCUAUCCUUAGCAUUGAUGUUAACCACAAGCUGCUUGCAAAUACCAAAAGCCAUCCAAAUACAGUAUCUACACUAACAAUCAAACACAAAUUUGACCUUCCCAUCAUCAUGGCUGUUGGGAGUGGUGCUCUUGAACACACUUUGAAGGUAGAUGGAGUUGUUCCCUACAUUUCUAUUGAGUCUACCACAAAGAGUAUGAUUGAUGGAACAUUUCUGGAAACUGGCACUGUGAAGGGAGCUUUGGAAAAUGAGGCAGCCAUGUACACGACUGGUAAAAUGCUGCGUUCCAAACUGAAGACUAUUGGCAGUAUCAAUGUUAAUCGUGGGAGUCUCAAAGUAGACUUUGAUGUCAGUGAAAACUUUGACAUGGAGUCAACACUUAGCCGUGUGUACACAGUCAUGAAUAUCAUUUCCAACAAUGAAGUCAGCAUUGCCACCUUCAGCAAAAAGGGUAAGCAUGCUGCCAGCGCCACUGUUGACUGGAAUCCAAUGAGCUCCCUUGUUGCUGAUGUAGAAUUUGACAUUUCUCAGCCGACCGCUCUUGGUGAUUUCAACGUCUAUGAGAAGACAGUUGUUGACAUGACUCUCUUCAAGCAAAAGAUUUCCUAUACCACAAAAAUAGUUUCUCCAGUGUAUACCACAAACAUUCUGCUUGAGAUGGAAGGUGAUGCGCCAAUCUUCAAAGUUGUUUUCAAGUCCUCAUCCAAAUGUCCAGUUGUACUCCUGGAAUACGAGCUUGACAGUUAUCUCAGUACUGCUGUAGAAAAUGAAGUCCUGAAUGCCAGAGCUAAGGUGUUCCUUGAACAUAGAGAUUUCAGCAUAGACUUCAACAGUAUUUUUACACCAAGUGAUCCCAGCCAUACUGUGAAUGUUGACAUCACCAGCCCAACUUUUACUGAUGUGAACCUUCGUUAUGCUGCUCAGAGAGAUGGACUGACUUCCUCAAUUUCCUCACCAUCAGCCGGCUUCCUUGGUUUUCAGCUCCAGGGCAAGAUUCCAUUCCAGCUGAGUUCACGCCUCUAUGGCCAUCAUGCAUCUACACCUGAAAAUGAUAUUGACAUCCUGAAGGUAGAUGUUGCUGCAAAUGGAGAUGAAAAAAUACACUUCCAGGCUGACUGCAACCUAGACGCACCCAAAAAGAUGAUCUUGGUCGUGAAAGACCGAUUACCUCUCAUCGCUUCUGCUGUCACCAAUUUUGCACAAAAAUCUGGUAUUCUUGGUGCCAUCAACAGACUGAAGACAGUGCUUGUCAGUGCCCUAACUGAAGCCUACACUAUAUCAUCCAAUCAUGCACCUGAUCUUAGCCAGCUUUCUGUUCUAUUCAGAAAUGUUGUUGUGCAGCACCAGAAGGCCAUUCAGCAACUUCUUAAUGCUGCUGUCACUUUCCUGAGGGAUACCCAGAUUAAGUUGCCUGGUAUGAAGGAAACUACAUUGCCAGAGAUCUGCCAGCAAAUCAAAAGCCGCAUUGCUGUAGUGUUUGAAAAAGUUAUUAAUGCAAUCACUGACAACCUGAAAGCCCACGUUUCACCCAUUAUUAAGACAAUCAGGAUCGUCCUGCCCAAUGGUGAGAUCUUAACUGGAGAUGAGAUCCUUGGUUAUAUUGAAAAUGCCCUGACCCACAGCGUGAAUAUGGUAAAGCAGCUAGAGAGUCCUGAUGUGAUUCUUGAGAAGCUGGGUCAAGCCCUCCAAGAGGUUGUUGAGAAAACACAGAAAUUCAUUGACGUGCACAGAUGCGAAUUCCUUGAUAAAGCUGCUGCAAAAAUCAACACAUUAUACAUUAAUUACGUUAGAUUAGUCAACAGCUUGAUUGAGAAAGUUAAUAGUUUGCUGAACACUGAUAGCUUGAAUGCGUUUGUUGAUAGAUGCAAGGAGUUCAUCUUAUUCAUGGUGAAGGAGUUCAAAAAUUUUCUCUCAGUAGUUUUUCCAACAGAUCCAGAGGCCGUGGUUAGUGUUCACAAUGGAAGGAUAAAAAUGGACAUUUCUUUUCCCUUCUAUCGCUAAACAGUCACUUGGACGCAAAACAAAAAUUAUGAAAUGAAACACU